AUGUGGAAAGAUCCGAUGAGAAACCAAAACCCUUAUACUAUGAGUCAACAUGAAAUUAACAAGCAAGAAGAUGAUUUCUUUCCCGAGACACCCGAAGUCCAUGUACAGUUCCGAAAGCGGACACCAGCCGCUCAAAACAAUUUAACCAAUCGUCAUUCAUAUCACGGCGGAUCAACGGUUCCAGAAAUGUAUUUCCACGAUCAUCGAUAUUCGCAAGCUCAAGUCAUUGCGGAGAUCCCGCAUAGAAAUUCUUUGUUUAUACCACGAACACAAGACGACAGAGAGCAGGGCCGAUGCAAUAGACAACGCCAUUCAGGAAGCUUUGGAUUGUCGUUGGCAGUUCUACCUGAAAACACAAUGAGCUCAAAUGACCCGUUACUCAAUAAAAAGCAAGUGGUUGAUACCUUACAGCAGGGAGCUGAUAUUCUGGAUAGCCCAAGAGACGGCUCCGUUGUGAGCGGAUCGUCUACUAAACGAGAUGAUCCUUCCAAACCACAACAUUCAAUGGUCCCACCUGGAGGAAUCCCUUUGCAAGGGCAAGUAUUGGUUGAUCCUAAUACUGGGCAACAUUAUUUGAUUCCUCAAACAGCGUUUUAUCAGCCUCUACAGCCUAUGUAUUAUCCCCCACCCCAGGCUACACCGAUGUACUAUCCUUAUAAUCAAGGUCUCCCUAAUCAACAAGGGUUCGUUAUGCCACCAUCAUCGCAAAAUGGGUUCCCUCUGAAUAUGCAACAUAAUUCUUAUGGGAACGCUUCGCAACGCCCUAUGACAGGAUCAUCACCAUAUCGUCAAGGCUAUAAUCACGCAUUUUCCUCUCAGGAUGAUGUCUCUUCUCGGAGAGAUAUGGAUGAACGGCGAUUCGAUGAACAUCCUCCUCAGUCACCAACUUUGUCGACAACACAAGGGAAACAGAUGUUUUAUGGAUCUCCAUAUCAACCACAAGUUACUUCAUUUGCUCAACACUACAGACAAAAGCCCAGUGCUUAUGCUGCAUCAAAUGUUUCCGCGGGACCAAGUUCUCAAAAUGCUCGAACUAGUCCGAAUAGUCAACCAGAAGAUCCUGACUGCAGUCGCGACAGCUUUAGAAGAGAUGUAACACGCUCUAGUGCUGAAUUUACACCUCGUUCUUCGGGGGAAUAUGUUCGCCACGGUAGCGGUACUUUCCAAGGAACCCCUGAUCAGUUUAGAGGAUUAUCUGAAAGAACACCAUUGUACGGAGGCCCCCCUCAGUGGUGGGGAAGGAACAAUGAGGAAGAAUCCUUAACGGAUGUAGAAAGUAAAAGGCCCAUCACCAGGUCUCCCCCCGCACAGUCAUCAGCCUCCGAUACAGAAGCAAUGCGACCAUCGGCUAUGCUGCAUUCCCCAAGACCACCAACAGCAGCUAAGCCUGUUAGAAUGGAUUUUGAUUUCAAGAAAUCAGCUGAAGAACCGAAAAGAGAAAAACCUCCAACCCGUUCUGUGCGUCUUGACUUCGAUCUAUCCAAACCAUUACCUGAAGAAGACGAACUUCAAGAUAAAAAAAAAGCUGUCCCACGAGCUCCGGGUACUGCUUUCACCGUUACUUUCGAUUCUCCGGGCGAAGUAUCACUUCAAGAUGCUGCGCGGCGCUCUGCUCAGGCAAGGAGAGCUCUUGGUCGUCGUACUGGUGUGGUUCAAGCAGGUACAGCUAGAAUAGAACCUGAAGUUUCAACGCCACAGAAUAGCGCAGGUUCCACUACUAAUAAAGCUUAUCUACUUAAUAAACUUCUUAAUGGAGGCUCUCCUGGCAAAGACUCAAACAUAGAGACUCAUGAAAUACUGGAUCAUCAGGACUGUGAUGCAGUUAGUGAAGCAGGAACUUUUGUAAUCGAUAGUUCAAAACGACCUAGUGCUGCUCAAAGAGUUAUGCCUUCUCGCAUCAUUGAGAACUCAGAUGAUGAUUCUACCGACAGUGAUAGCGGAUCUAGUAGAACAGCCUCUCCACCCAGAACUACUAUCAAAUCUACACCUGCUCUAACUAACAAUGAUGAGAUGUUGAGAGAACUAAGUAGGCUUCGUCAGACUGCCAUAGUAAAACCAUCUACAGCACCAGUUCCUGCUGUACCAAGAACGCGAUUCCCAGAUGCUCCAAGACCAUUUAGUCAGUCCAACGCGACACCGUUAGCUAAAAGAACUUCUCUUGGCUCAUCACAAUCCGGCUCGACUGUUGGCAGUUCUAAUCGGUCUGUAUAUGGACAAGCUCACACUCGAGUAACACCAUCUUCCGCAUCAACCACUGUCACAUCUAACGCAUUCAGAAGAGGUGAUGGCGGAAGAUUCUCCAUGAGAGGAGCAUUAUCUUCUGGAGGCUCAAGCCCACAAGCCGCACAGAAGCAACAGAGACCGCCUUUUAGAGCUGGUGCAGCUCCGAUGAGAAAUACUGGUGGAAAUCUGGUACAACAACGAGAACAAGAGAUGAAUGCUUGGCUUCGAAGAAAAGAUUACAACCCCAUGAAAGCAGCAGCAGAAGCGAAAAAACAGAGGGAGCAGCAGUCAAGGGGGGACCAAUUUGUGUCCAGUAGAUCCAUUUCGUUCCAUGUUGGACCUACACCUGUUAAAACGCGACUACCUGAUUAUGGUGAUUUGACCAGAAAUAGAUCGCAAGAGUCACUUGCAGUGGAAGAUGCUGAACAUGCGAGUCAACAGAUUGUUGCCGAAUACUCCCGUGGUGUUGUAAAGAACUUGAACAGGCUCUCCCAGCAAAGUUCGAGAGCUACUGGAAAGCAAGUAGAUGGGUUGACUAGAGCUGUAGAUAUGCUCUCUCAAAAAUGCAAGAAAAGCAUUGAGCUAAUAAGAUCUCAAAACAAGGGAUGUCUGUCAGUUUCGGUCGAGGAUUUGUUAGCAGCAGCAGCUGAGCCACCGCGUGACGAUGAAUCUGUUCAUGAACAGCUUGACCGUCUCUCUAACGCAUUUGAUGCUGUUCAACGUUAUUUGGAGCAAUACUCAUUAGAUGGGCACGAAUCUCCUAUACCCGAGUUCAGUGAAGAGCCUGAAACAAACUCUGUUGUUAGUGGCUUCUCUGGAUAUACUUUCAAAUCCCAUCAGUUACGAACACCUUCCGAAGUUGCUUCUCCUAUUGAUCAAGUGGGCGAUUGUAAGUCGUCCUAUCGUUAG